CGACGCAGAGUAAAUGGGGAUCGCCAAACAGAGAAAAGAAACAAUGGCAACUCUUCAUUUUGUGCCAUCCGCUUUCUCUCUACCAAAACAAAAGCAACCCACCAAGCUUUCCUCAGUCUUCAAGCUCAGACAGACAACCCAGAUAGGCUGCUCACAGCGGCGCUUGGUGGUCCGGUCGUACAAAGUGGUGAUCGAGCAUGAGGGGCAGACCACAGAGCUGGAGGUGGAUGCCGACGAGAGCAUAUUGAACAGCGCAUUGGACAAAGGGUUAGACAUUCCUCACGAUUGCAAGCUUGGGGUGUGCAUGACUUGCCCUGCUCGCCUUGUCAGUGGCGCCGUGGACCAGAGCGAAGGCAUGCUGAGCGAUGAUGUUGUGGAGAAAGGGUAUUCGCUUCUGUGUGUGGCUUAUCCCCGCUCAGACUGCCACAUCCAAACCAUCCCUGAGGAGGAAUUGUUGGCGCUUCAAUUAGCCACGGCUAAUGACUGAAUCUGAGUUCUCGAUGAGGAGCGGUUCUCUCUGGUUUUGUAUGAUUUUGUAGAUUUAAUUCUUGUUUAGUUUAAACUCCAUGGAAAUCAAUUGUUCUGGAUGCUGUCUCUUUUGGCUCUUGUUUGGGUUUUGAUGUU